AUGCCAGUUAAAUCUAUGAUCUGGAAGAUGUUGGUAAAGGCUCAGGCUACUGCACCUGCUUCUUCUGAGGUUGUGAAACUCACACCUGUGCCUUAUGAGAUGAAGGCAUGGGUGUAUGGGGAAUAUGGGGGCGUGGAUGUUUUGAAGCUGGACUCCAAUGUUGCUGUGCCUGAUGGGAAAGAGGAUCAGGUCCUUGUCAAAGUUGCUGCUGCUCUUAACCCUGUUGACGCCAAGAGAAAGCAGGGAAAGUUUAAGACUGUUCUGGGCUAUGAUGUUGCGGGAGUGCUGGUGAAGGUUGGUAGUGAAGUGAAGGACUUUAAAGUGGGUGAUGAAGUGUAUGGAAAUGUAAAUAAAGCUUUAGAAGUUGUAUGGAUUUUCUCCUGGUAAAUCUAUUCUUGUUCUAAAUGGUUCUGGAGGAGUUGGAAGCCUAGUCAUUCAGCUAGCUAAGCAAGUCUUUGGAGCUUCUGAGAGUGGCUGCCACUUCAAGCACUAGAAAUUUGGACUUAUUGAAAAGCUUGGGAGCUGAUUUGGCUAUUGACUACAUAAUAGGUUUCUUUCUUGGGGGUCAGGUUGUUUACAGGUAUGAUGUAUUCAGGUUUGAGGUAACUCUGUUGGCCUCAAACAGAACAUUCUUUGUUUUUUUUUUCUUUUGUUGGCAUGUAAAUGUUUAUGUCCCUUUGGUUGAACUUGCAUUUUAGUUCUUUCCGUGAUACAAGAAGAUCUUUGUUACUCUGCACUUAUUAUGCAGAAUCUGUUGGUCCUGACGGU